UUGAAAAGCUCUGGCUCUGUCCCUCCGUACUUUCUUUGAACAAGUUCAAAAGAAUCAAAACUCCACAGUCCAGACUCCAUAACCAAACAGCACCAAAAUGGCCGUCCAUUUCAUCCACUUCGUCGCCGGUUUGGUUCUAUUCACCGUUUUACCAUUCUUGGUCGCCCAGUCUCCAUCUGCGGGUGCCGAUUCAUGCAACGGCGUAUACUUGUCCUACACCUACAGCGGCGGAAGGAAGCUCAUGCCGAAUCGUACGUCCGAUCCAACCCGGCAGCCCUACCGGUUCGAGUCGGUUCUGACCGUGCUCAACAACGGGAUCGUGGACCUCAAGUCGUGGAGGGUCUUCGUUGGGUUCAAGCACGACGAGUACUUGGUCUCCGCUUCCAACGCAGUGCUGGCCGACGGGACCAGCCUUCCCGGUAGCGUCGGAAACGGCACCGUUUUCUCCGGGUACCCGAUGACGGACCUCAAGACGGCGGUUAAGACCGCCGGGGACUUGACUCAGAUUCAGGUCCAGGUCCAGCUAGUGGGAACACAGUUUGGUGUGGCUCCCCCCACGGUUCCAUUGCCCUCGAACAUUUCUCUGGCCAAUGAUGGGUGGGUUUGUCCUAGGCCAGCUGCUCGAGGGAAUGUGACAAGAGUCUGUUGCACACAAGACCCAAAUGCUAAAUCAAACAUUACUGUAGAUGAGGAGUUCCUGCCUCGCCAGAGUGGCGACCUUACUAUUAUGUAUGAUGUGAUCCGGACAUAUGAGUCGAACUACUGGGCACAAGUCACACUCUCAAACCAUAACCCUCUUGGCCGUCUUGAUAACUGGAAAUUGCACUGGGAAUGGACAAGAGAUGAAUUUAUCUAUGCGAUGAAAGGGGCAUAUCCAUCAGUUGUCGAUUCUUCUGAAUGCUUAUUUGGCCCUCAAGGUACAUAUUACCAGAGUAUAGACUUCUCCACUGUAUUAAAUUGCGAAAGAACUCCAACCAUAAUUGACCUGCCUCCAACCAAGUACAACGACACGGUCCUUGGAUUGAUCCCUUAUUGUUGCCGAAAUGGUACAAUCUUACCUCGUGAGAUGGACCCAAGUAAGUCAAUUUCAGCAUUCCAGAUGCAAGUCUAUAAAAUGCCACCAGAUCUCAACCGAUCACUGCUUAUUCCACCAGUGAAUUGGAAGAUCAAUGGUAUACUCAACCCUGAUUAUCGAUGUGGCCAGCCAGUGCGGGUGAGUCCUAGCCAAUUCCCAGAUCCAAGUGGCUUACCUUUAAAUUCAACUGCAGUCGCCAGUUGGCAGGUGGUCUGCAAUAUAACGCAUCCCAAAGGAGGAAGCCCCAAAUGCUGUGUCUCAUUUUCUGCUUACUACAAUGAUUCUGUCAUUCCAUGCAAAACUUGUGCAUGUGGGUGCCCUAAUAACCCAGCUCGUACUUGUAGUGUGGCUACUCCAGCCAUGCUUCUUCCUUCGAAUGCUCUUCUUCUUCCUUUUGCAAACCGGACUGCCUUGGCUACAGGUUGGGCUCAGCUUAAUCAUCGACUAGUGCCAAGGCCAAUGCCCUGCGGAGAUAACUGUGGGGUCAGUAUUAACUGGCAUUUGCACACAGACUACAGUAGGGGAUGGAGCGCAAGAAUCACAGUGUUCAAUUGGGAUGAAACUGCCUUUGCUGAUUGGUUUGCUGCAGUACAAUUGGACAAGGCAACCCCUGGUUUCCAAGCAAUGUACUCAUUCAACGGAACUACCUUGGCCUUGAAUGGUGUCAACAAUACCAUAUUCAUCCAGGGUCUUCCAGGAUUAAACUAUCUUGUGGCAGAAGCAGAUGGAGCUGACCCACAGAAGGACCCUAGGGUGCCUGGGAAACAACAAUCUGUGAUCUCCUUUACUAAGAAAAAGACCCCUGGAAUUAAUGUGCCUAAUAGAGAUGGGUUUCCCACUAAAGUAUACUUCAAUGGAGAGGAGUGCUCGCUGCCUUCCGUAUAUCCAACUGGUGGUAGUAAUAGAAGCGGCCCUGCUAUGGUUUUUUCGGUCUUAGCAAUGGUAGCGUUCAUUUUGAUGCAGCAAUAGCCGGGUGACUUCUGUCAUCAUGAGCAUUGCUUGAUAUGCGUUUAACCAGGAAGUUUAUAUUAACAGGAGAUGCAUGCUAUGAUUCUUAUAUAGAGGAUGUAAUGGUACUUCAGCCAUGGCUUUGUAAAGGUUUGCAGAACUGCCAUAGUUGGAAGGGAAAUGAAAACAUUGACUAGUUAGAGACCAUCAAAAUAUAUGAAGUGAGCUUGGAUUUUAUAUUGUGUAACCAUAACCUCCGUUGCUCAGUUUGAUUCUUCAUGCUAUACAUUUC